AUGUCCAGGGGACCAUUUGUAAUUCGUGGUAUUUUGGUCAAUGGUAAAGGUGAUGGUCAAACUAUAUCGCCUAGGCGACUUGCAGAAAUUUUGCCUCUGCUGCGAAUUGGACAUGACGAUGACGAAGUAAUAAACUUGGGUGAAGAUGAUGACAGCGAUGCAACACCAGAUAAUACUAAUCAACCUCAGACAAAUAACGAUGCCAGCUCAGAGAAUCAAUCUGAAAACGAUGAAGACAAUGUAUCAAUAGAACUGCAGAGCACACUAAAUUCGACAUCAGACGCUGGCAACCCUAGUUGGGUACAGUCCUCAAGCAGCAGAAACAACUCGGAACAAAGCUCUUCCUGGUAUUCUCCUGGUCAUAAUGGUAAUUUGGGUUCUUCAUCUGGCUCUCCCGGUUCGUCUACUGGGUCUCAGGAAGAGCAGAUAAUAAUAGAUGACUUAAAUGUAACCGACGAUAGCGAUUCACUAAGCAACUCUACUUCACCUACAUCAGAAUAA